GGAAAUGGCGCCAAGACUUCUUAUCACUGAUCCAAUCAGAUCACCUGACGGCAGGUGACACAGACAAACCGUCGACAAUCGAAAUGCAAACGCGCCAAACACUCGUCCCUCGUUGCACAUGAUGUCGCGACGCCCGCGUCGCGUCUUAUCUACCGGCGAGACCCCCUCGUGCAGUUCAGCCAAUUCUCACGAGCUGAACGCGUCAAAAUGUCCGUCGACGAGGAGGAAUUCUUCAGUGACGAUCUCGACGACUUUUUGGUGGAUGGCAUGGCGGUAGAAGGCUCUCCGUCGGAGUCGGAUUCCCCGCGUCCAGCCAAGAAGCCUCGUAUGGAGACUGCCAAAUCCCGAUCUUCACGCAACGAGGUUGACGAGGCCGACGAGGCUGAAAGUGACGACUACGGCUCUGAUACUGACCUGGGUUCCUUCGUUGACGAUGACGGCUCUUACGAGGGGACCCGAAGGAACGAUGAACUGUCGUCCCCCAGUCAAGCAUAUGAGAUCACCGACGCCAAAGGCAAGCGCAAGGCGUUUGUCCCCAAGCAGCAAAACACCACCAAAGACAACAUAUUUGUGACGCAGCUGACCCAGCCGCUCUCACCUCCGGAGAUGCUUCGUGGUCCUCGGUGGCAGAAACCCAAGCCCCAACCGCCAAGACCUGCAUCUCCGGCAGGCGACGAGUUCGGGGACGAUGAUAUGGAGGCUGCCCUUGCGGCAUCCGUUCAGUCAUUCGAACAAGAACAAGCAUGUAAUGCUCUUUCCUUCAACGAGGUUACCCCGCUGCCCACUCGAAGUCUUCCAGGUAACCAGAAGACGCCGAAGUCGACGACAAAGAAGAAGACGGAUACGCCAAAUGCCUCCGGGGACAUGUUUGACGAGCUCCCAGACGAUGCAUUUGACAUCGACGUCGAUUCACUCAUCGCCAAUCUGCCUCCGCCUCGGCCCACUCCACGAAAAACGAGCGGGGGGUCCUUCUCGUCUUUCAACCGGGUCCCCCGCCAGACUACGCUCCAUGACAUGGUUGCUCGAAAUCCUGCAAGCACCUCACCCCCCGGAGAAAAGAGUUGGUAUCCGCCAGAAAAGCACGGGGAGAAGCCGACACAUCACAAGCUCGUCGAGGACACUCUCGACACCUGGAUUUACCCGACGAACCUGGGCAAGACGCGAGACUAUCAGUUCAACAUUGCUCAGCGAGGCCUCUACCACAACCUGCUGGUGGCGCUCCCCACUGGUCUGGGAAAGACGUUCAUUGCUGCCACUGUUAUGCUGAAUUGGUAUCGGUGGACCAAGGACGCUCAAAUCAUCUUCGUCGCCCCGACAAAACCCCUGGUGUCCCAACAAGUCUCUGCUUGCUUGGGGAUCGCCGGCAUUCCCAAGUCUCAAACAUCCAUGCUCACCGGCGGCACCGCGCCGGGUAUCCGAGCAGAGGAGUGGCAAAGCAAGCGCGUAUUUUUCCUCACGCCUCAAACAUUGGUUAACGACCUGAAGACUGGAAUAGCCGACCCGAAACGAAUCGUCUUGGUCGUUGUCGAUGAAGCCCAUCGAGCUACCGGAGGCUAUGCCUACGUGGAGGUUGUGAAAUUUCUUCAGCGAUUCAACCAGAGCUUCCGCGUUCUGGCGCUGACAGCCACGCCGGGUGCCAAAGUGGAAACUGUACAAGAGGUGAUUGACGGCUUGAACAUCUCUAAGGUUGAAAUUCGCACAGAACAGUCGCUCGACAUUCGACAAUACGUGCACGCCAAGAACAUCGAGCGGGAGGUCUUUUCAGACUCCGAGGAGUUGAUUCUGUGCAAGGAGCACUUUUCCCGUGCCCUGCAGCCACUAGUUGAUAAACUCAAACAUCUCAAUGUCUAUUGGGGAUCUGAUCCUCUGACGCUCACCCCCUACGGGCUGACCAAAGCCCGAAAGGAAUGGAACGACUCGAAUGCCGGUCGCAGAUCAAGCCCUGCGUUCAAGGUCAUGAUCAACACGAUUAUUACCAUCCUUGCCAGCUGUGCUCACAGUCUCGAUCUUCUCAAAUACCACGGAAUCACGCCAUUUUAUCGAAGCCAGCUGAAGUUCCAGUCCAACAGCGGCGGCCUGAAAAGUGGGAAAUACAAACAGCAGCUCGUCCAAGACGAGAACUAUAAAAGACUCAUGAGCCAAGUUUCGGCGUGGACAAAGCAUCCGGAAUUUAUCGGUCAUCCAAAGCUAGCAUAUCUCAAAGAAGUGGUGUUGAACCACUUUCUAGAUGCUGGUGAAGGACAAGAUGGGAACACGCAGUCUUCCACCAGAUUGAUGAUUUUUGUUCACUUCCGAGAUAGUGCCGAAGAGGUGAUACGAGUGCUGAAAAGACAUGAGCCCUUGGUCCGACCUCACAUUUUCAUCGGUCAGUCCAGCAACAAGGACUCGGACGGCAUGAACCAGAAAACGCAGCUCAGCGUCGUCCAGAAGUUCAAAGAGGGGGUCUACAAUACCAUAGUAGCAACGUCCAUUGGUGAGGAAGGUUUAGAUAUCGGUGAGGUGGAUCGCAUUAUCUGUUACGACUCCUCUUCCUCGCCAAUCCGCAUGCUCCAACGUAUGGGGCGUACUGGCCGAAAAAGGGCAGGAAACAUCGUAAUACUGCUCACGCAGGGGAAGGAGGAGCAAUCGUACCUCAAAGCUACGGACGGCUACGAGAAAAUGCAAGAAAUGAUCACCAGUGGGAAGUGGUUUACCUACCACACCGACCUCGCGCCACGCAUUCUACCGCCGGGAGUCCGUCCCGUUGUCAACAAGCAGAAAAUUGAUAUACCCACUGAGAACGAGAACCCGGACCUCCCCGAGCCGAAGAAGCGACGAAACGCCCCCAAGAAGCCCCCUAAGAAGUUUCACAUGCCGGACAACGUCGAGACUGGUUUCACCAGGGCGUCCGAUCUCGCCCCCGGCGGUGCCACGCGAAAAUCAAAACCAAAGGGAAGGCCGAAAGAACGAACACCAACGCCUGGGCUCGCGGAUGUACCAGCCCCCGAAGAUGUUUUGCUGACCGCGGAGCAGCAAGACGAGCUUGACCAAUACUACGGCAAUAUUGGCGAGACCAGUCCGCAAUUCGCCCGACCCCCUCGCAACGACGCUUUUCCAAAACUGCAAUCAGUUUCAAGACCGACAAAGGCCGUGACGCACGGGUCCGUCACCCAUCGUAUGAUCGGCGCACUGCAAAAAAUCAAUCAGCUGGGUACAGACUGCGAGGCACGCUUUCAAAAAGUGUUGAGCCUCGAGUCUCAAAGGCCGCCGGAAGAUGCCUUAAUUUCACGCACACUGCCACCCUCUAGACACAAGCGCAAGAAAGGAUCGAAUGAUCGUUCUCAACCCUCAAAACCUCUCAAAACUCGUCGAUUGUCGCAUGAAGUCUGCAACAAUGAGAACCACUCCCCUUCCUCCUGAUACAAUUGCUUUCUUCCGUCGCCGACCAUCCAGAAUCGGCACCCUUCUAUUCCUCACAAAGGGGUGAAGGCGAGAAGUUGGAUGAUGAUGUUACACCCCCAGAUCUGAAACCCCUUAUGAGCUGAAGCACCGAGCGCAGGUCGCAAAAGCAGAAUUGGACUGUGUUGGAUUAUGCUGAUUAGGUCUUUUGGCUAUUAUGACCGGGUUUUCCUUUGGGUACAAAUAUCUCAAAAAGAAAAAAAGAGAAAAAUAAGUAAUACUGUUCGGGGAACAGAUCGUGACGCACUGGCAUCGCGAUCACCUUACUACAUAGAGGGAAAAUCAAUCGGUAGUAAGCCACUGAAGU